AGGAUAUAUAAUUGACUCUCUUGCUGCAUCCCACCAGUCCAUCACCAGAUUCAGCUCCUCACCGCGCUAACUGUACGAUUCAAGCAAUGGCUGCCCCGGACAAGGUUUUCAUCGCUGCCCUUCUUCUUAUGGCCAUGCUAUCUAUCAGCCACAGAGGUGUUUCAGCUCAACCUGGCUGUAGUACAUCCUUGGGCGUUUGUGGUACCGGUGUGACCGGUGAUAUCGCAAUACUCUGCAGGAACGCAUUAAGUUGCAUUGAUGCAGUAUCAGCAUGCGGAAAGGAAGAGAAGGACGAAGCAAAAAAGAAGUUAAUUGAAAAAGGAUGUUCCGGUUCCGGAAUACCAAUAAUCAGCGCCAUGAGUCUCUUCGUCGCAGCUCUUUUCCAUAUGCUGUAGUUUUAACGUUAAUGAUAUACAGUUUCUCAAAAAUUAAUUUUAGCAAAUUUUGGUAUUGCUGAAUUUUGGACAAAAAUAUUGAACUCUUUGAUAAAAGUAUCAAAGAACUUCGUUAAGAUUUUUUUUAUUGAACAUGUAUGUAUAUAUUAUUGAUUAACUGAAAGACUUCAAAAGUAUGUUUACUGUAUUGGUAACCAAAGUCAAUCUCCUAAUAUUCAAACCACACCCAAUCCAACAUCGGUGCGAAUCCUUAUGAUUCAUUCGUUCUUCUUUUAAAUAUUCAUAAAUUCCUCUCAGUAGAAAUAUUGAAAGCGGAAAUCACUGAAAUGUUUAAUAAUAGGUGAUCAAAUCUAAUAAAGCCCAAAGGACUUAACAAUAGAUUUGAUAACACUCUAAUGAUUCCUCACUAUACUUAUAUUUUUAUAAUUUUCAGUAAUUGCUUUUAAAUAUUAAAAUAUUCAUUGAUUAAAUGUACUGGACUUUAAAUUACAAAAUCAGUUUGAGUUAUCACAGACAAAGACAUUGGAAAAUGUAAAUACUAGACAAUGAAGUUCAACAUAUAAUGAACAAUUUUUAAAAUGGAACAUCUUCAGUGGUUUUAUAGUAGUGAACACUUUAGCAAUUUUUAUGUACCGGUAUUUAAAUGUGUGGGGUUUUUUUCAAUUUUUUAUUUCGGGGG